UCAAUUUUUAUAGAAUAACCUAGAGCAACUGAGAGAAAAAUGCGUGCCUUCAUUGUUUUGUGUUUGGUGGCAACUGCCUGUGCCCAAUCUGGCUACAAUUAUCAAGCAGGCAGCAGCGGUAAUCUUGGAUCUGCCUCCAGUGGAGUGCCAAGCUUCGACGCCGGCUCUUCGUUAGGUGCCGGUCCCUCCUUUGCUCCUUCCGGACCCGAAUAUGGAGCAUCAGGUAACUUAGGAGCUGCCUCGAAUACAGCUCCUGUUCAAAGUGAACUUGAAAAGGAAUUCUAUACCUUCACUGCCAACGAUGAAGACUUCAAUGAACCUGCUGGCUCCAAUCAAUUUAACAAUGCUGUGAAACAGGGACUCCGUGUAAUCUUCAUCAAGGGUCCCGAAAACAGUGGUUUGGAAGAUGCCGCUUUGGCAUUGGCCAAACAAGCUGCUGAACAACAGACCGCCAUCUAUGUCCUUCAGAAACAAGCUGAUCUGGCUGAUUUGGCCAACAAAUUGAACCAAGACAACAGCAAUGCCAAUCACAAACCCGAAGUACACUUUGUCAAAUACCGCACCCCUGAAGAUGCAGCCAACGCCCAAAAGGCCAUUCAAGAUCAAUACAAUUCCUUGGGUGGUAAAUCUCAACACAUUGACGGUGGUGUUGCCCCAGCCUUGAAUUUUGCCUCUCAGGCCCCAGUUGCUCCUGCCCCUGCUUCCGCUGCUUCGAGCCCUGCUACCAGUGCUACUUACCUUCCUGCUUCAAUUUUCCGUCGUUUCCGUUUGUAAGUUUCGAUGUAGAGGGUUAAUCACUGGGCUGGUUCCGUGGGUGUUAUAGUUGUUACGCGUUAUUCAAUAAAAGAAAA